AUGUCGCAUUCUGGGAAGCCCAUUUCGGAGCUAGGCCUCGACUCGCUCAACGAUCGCUUCCGUGACUCGCUGAGUUGCGAAGCCAACAAGCCUGAUUUUCGAGAGCUCGAUCUGGGUUCACCCGUUUCCCCUCUUCGGACCCGUCAAAGCGGCGGUCUCGCCACUGCUACAAGUAGUAGCUCCAGCUCGUCCGGAUCGUUCUCAGGCCGAAAUGGGCCCAACCCAGCUGCCAAAAGGUCCGAUUCAGCCCCAAACAACCAUUCCGGCGAGCUGUCAGGCUCUAGUGAGAGCAGUCCCACCGCCGCCGAGAGCGUCCGAUCCGCCGGAAACACCCGGAAUUUCAAAACGGGCCAUACAAGAUCCGAUUCCGGCUCCACCCACCCGUUAAUAUACUCGGGUCAGAGCUCUGUGAACUCUCCGCCACUCAAUGUUUUGCCCACUGGGAACAUAUGCCCGUCUGGAAAAAUCUUAAAAACGGGUAUGGUCCCAAACCGGAGCUCCAGAACCGAUGUUUUGGGUUCGGGUAUGGGCAAUUACGGUCACGGGAGCAUAAUGCGGGGCGGCCCGGCGGCCAAAGGUGGCGGCAUAGAGGCGGUGAGUCCUGUGAGUUCGAGGGUAACUGGCGGCGGUGACUUGUUGAAGAGAACAAUGGUGAGUGCGGAUCCAGAGGAGGUGAAGAGAGCUGGGAAUGAGCAGUACAGAAGAGGCCAUUUUGCGGAGGCUUUGAGCUUGUACGAUCGGGCAAUCGCAUUGUCUCCGGCCAAUCCAGCCUACCGGAGCAACCGGGCGGCGGCAUUGACCGGUCUCGGGCGGCUGAUGGAGGCCGUGAGGGAAUGUGAAGAGGCAGUAAGGUUGGAUCCCAAUUAUGGCAGAGCUCACCAGCGUUUGGGGUCUUUGUUUCUUAGGUUAGGACAAGUUGAAAAUGCCAGGAGGCACCUUUGUUUUCCAGGGUUGAAGCCAGAUCCGGCUGAGUUACAGAAAUUGCAGGCAGUAGAGAAGCAUCUCAAAAAAUGUACAGAUUCCCGUCGUGUAGGAGAUUGGAAAAGUGUAUUGAGAGAAUGUGAUGCUACUAUUGCUUCUGGAGCUGACUUUUCUCCUCAGCUCUGUAUGUGUAGAGCGGAAGCACUUUUGAAGCUCCACCAAAUUGAUGAUGCUGAAUUAGUCUUAUCAAACACACCCAAAUUAGAGACCAACCCCUCACAAUCUAAGUUCUUGGGGAUGCUUUCUGAAGCUUACAGUUACUUUGUCAUGGCCCAAAUUGAGAUGGCAUUUGGAAGGUUUGAGAAUGCAGUUACUGCUGCUGAGAAAGCUGGGCUGAUUGAUCCUCGGAACAUUGAAGCUGCAGUGCUGCUUAAUAAUGUGCGUAUGGUUGUGAGAGCCCGUGCCCGAGGCAAUGAUCUCUUCAAGUCCGAAAGGUUCACUGAAGCUUGCUCAGCAUACGGAGAUGGUCUGAGGCUUGAUCCUUCAAACUCUGUUCUAUUUUGCAACAGAGCAGCUUGUUGGUUUAAACUUGGGAUGUGGGAGCGAUCCAUUGAAGACUGCAACCAGGCCCUAUGUAUUAAACCCAAUUACACAAAAGCCCUACUUAGAAGGGCUGCCUCAAACAGCAAGCUAGAAAGAUGGGUAGAUGCUGUUAGAGAUUAUGAGGUCUUGAGGAGGGAGCUUCCUGACGACAAUGAAGUUGCUGAAUCUUUGUUUCAUGCUCAAGUUGCAUUAAAAAAAUCCCUCGGGGAAGAAGUUUAUAAUAUGAAGUUUGGCGGUGAAGUAGAAGAAAUAUUAGGUCUUGAGCAGUUCAGAGCUGCAAUGGCUUUACCAGGUGUCUCUGUGGUCCAUUUUAAAGCAGCCUCUGAUUUCCAAUGCAAGCAAAUAUCUCCUUUUCUGGACACACUUUGUGGCCGGUACCCAUCCAUAAAUUUCCUCAAGGUUGACAUUGAAGAAAACCAAGCAGUUGCAAACACUGAAAAUGUGAGGAUUGUACCAACAUUCAAGAUUUACAAAAAUGGUAGCCGAGUGAAGGAAAUGGUGCGCCCCAGCCGUGAAAUGUUGGAACACUCAGUCAGGCAUUAUAGCUUCUAGAAUCAGGACUGUACUGUAAUUCUGCUGCCCUGCCGUAGUUUUGAGUUUUUCUUGUUGCUGCCUGGCCCCCAGUUUGUUAGGAACUCUCCUACAGCCCUUCCUUUCUGCCUCCACCAUAUAAGCUUUACCAGAUACCUGUGACAUAAUCAGAAUCACCAAAUAAUCUCGUUAGCGACCAAUGCCAGUGGAUCCCAGAGAGGUAGCUUAGUUCCUUGUUCAGUUUUUAUUUAUUCAUUCAUUCCUCAUUGCUCUCUGGUUCCACUUUCUUCCUCCUUUCUCCUUUUUUCCUUUUUACCAUAUCUUUGAACUUUUUUCAUUUUCAUUCUCAUGUAGGCCGGCCUGGUUCCUGUAUCCCCACUUCCAAAAAAAAAA